CUCUGUACUCUAUGGUUCAAAACUUAACCAUACAUUCACUGGAACCGCAGUAUUAAUUUGUUGGUAUUUAAAAUAAAAUUAAUAUAAGGUGUCAUUAAAUUUUAAUAAAAACAAAUUGUUCUUCAAUACUAGUUUAAUUAGUGGAAUGGGCGAUAGAGAUUGGCGCCCCUUUGUUUAUGGAGGACUCGCAAGCUGCGUUGCAGAGUUUGGAACGUUUCCAAUUGAUCUCACGAAAACUAGAUUGCAAAUUCAAGGACAAGUACUUGAUAAAAAACAUGCUGUUCUCAAAUACACAGGAAUGGUAGAUUGUAUGGUUAAGGUAGCUAAACAAGAGGGUUUCAAAGCUUUGUAUAAUGGAAUUUGGCCAGCAGUUCUUCGACAAUCAACUUAUGGAACUAUCAAGUUUGGAACUUAUUAUUCCUUGAAAGACGUUAUUUUAAAAUAUAAUAAUGAAUAUGAACCAUUCAUGGUGAGUUUAUUCUGUGCUGUGAUUGCUGGAGCAGUAUCUAGCGCUAUAGCUAAUCCUACAGAUGUCUUAAAAGUUCGCAUGCAAGUUCAGGGUAGAUCUAGGAAUGUAAAUCUAGUCGAAUGUUUCAAGGAAGUUUACACUCAAGAAGGAAUCUCAGGACUUUGGAGAGGAGUUACACCAACAGCUCAAAGAGCUGCUGUUAUUGCUGCAGUUGAGCUGCCAGUAUACGACUUCUGUAAGAGUAGACUCCUUAGUGUUUUUGGUGACAGUGUGGCAAAUCAUUUUUUGUCUAGUCUAGUGGCCAGUUUGGGAAGUGCAGUAGCAUCUACACCAAUAGAUGUAGUCAGGACCCGCCUCAUGAACCAAAGGAAAUUCAAAGAAAAUCUUAAGACAGAUACUUAUCUGUACCGAGGUACAGCCGAUUGCUUUUAUCACACUUUUAAAUAUGAAGGUUUCUGGGCUUUAUAUAAAGGUUUCAUUCCUACAUGGUUUCGAAUGGGGCCCUGGAACAUAAUUUUUUUCAUAACCUAUGAACAGCUCAAACAUCUAUACUGAAAAUCUUAUUUAAUUGCAUUUUUUUUGUACAGACAAAAGUAAUAUAUUUAUUUUAAUGUAAAUGACACAGUACACAGUAAAAUUAGCUUAUUGUGUGAAA